ACCAAUUCAAAUGUGGCAACAAUGGUCUCUGGUGUUACACCACUUGAUGGCUAGUCGGUCUUUUACGUCUAUAGUGAUUGGUAGAUGCUAACGAAGCAUAAUUAGUUAAGUGAUUUGAUAAAAUAUCAUGUAUUAUUUGUGCAUUCUGGCAUUAUUAGGCAUUCCUCUGCUGGGUUCCGCCGGUGGCGUUGAAAAUGAAUUCAGCAGUGAUGCCUACGCAGAAACAUCCUUGAUUAGAUCAAAAAGACGAGCUUCAUGCGAAAAAUGGAAAGAAUGGCAAUGUCGUGAUGGAUCCUGUAUCAGCCCGGAAUCGAAGUGCGACGGCGCAUACGACUGCCCGGACAAGAGUGAUGAGACUCAUGCGCUCUGCAGGAAUAAGAUAUGCCAGCCCAACUGGUUUCGCUGCACGUACGGCGCGUGCGUGGACGGCACCGCGCCCUGCAACGGCGUGCAGGACUGCGCCGACAACUCCGACGAACUGCUGCCGCGCUGCAGGAAUCAGACUACACUCUUCAGUCGCGAAGUUCCUUGUGACGACGGGGAGAUAAUCCCAGCUACCAGCCGCUGCGAUGGUGUUGUGGACUGCAACGAUAGAUCGGAUGAGACUCCCGCCACAUGCGCAGACGCAUACUGCCCCGAUUACUACUUCCGAUGUGCGUAUGGAGCCUGUGUCGACCGCGGUGCGGACUGCGAUGGGAAAAAUGAUUGUGCUGAUGGAUCAGAUGAAGAUAAUGUACUUUGCAAUAUAACUGUACCAAUGGAGUCUAGAAUAAUGGUCAAAGAACCAAAUUUGAUUGAUAAUUCUCAACAUACUACUGUUGAUCCAAAUUCGUAUAAGAAAUGUAAAUUGCCUUCAUAUCCGGAGCACGGCUCGUACGUUGGAGAUGGAUUCCUCGCGUCUCCUGGCGACGACUUGUCUAAUGGGCAGAUCAACUUCACCUGCAGUGAAGGAUAUAAGAUGAUUGGGGAGAGAAAUGUCUUCUGCUUCUACGGAAAGUGGCUCGACGAGUUUCCUAAAUGUGCUAAAUUUUGCAAAUUAGAACCAAAAGUAAACAUGGAGUUCCAAUGUGUCCUGACUGGCGAUAGUAAAGGAACUCGCAAGUGUGAAGAGUAUGAGCCCGUGGGGACGCAGGUGGCGCACCAGUGCGGCCUCAACUACCGCUCCGAGGAGUACGACCUCGGGUACAUGGUUUGCAAGGAGGAAGGCUGGGUUAACGUGCCUAGAUGCCUGCCAGACUGCGGCAAAGUGACUCCUGUUGGCACGCAAUUGAUAAUGGGAGGUCAGUCUGCUGUAAGAGGGGAACUGCCGUGGCACACCGGCAUAUACUCGAAAGUCCAAAGCGACAAUAUUAUGCGUUACAAGCAAAUAUGUGGCGGGUCCUUGAUAAGUAGGACUGUGGUAUUGUCAGCUGCCCACUGUUUCUGGGAUGGAGACCAGCCUCUACCGGCCGAGAAGUACGCCGCGGCUGUCGGCAAAUUAUACCGAAAAUGGCGAGAAACCUUGGAUGACGCACAGCGGUCUGAUGUCAAAGAGCUCUACAUCUCGGAGUUUUUCAUGGGUGUCGAGAAUCAGUACCAGGGCGACAUAGCGCUGUUGGUGUUGGCCACCGCCGUGACGUACAAGUCACAUAUUAGGCCCGUCUGUAUAAGCUUUAGCCGCGAACUGGCUAAGGCCCAGCUUCAUAUUGGAAAUAGUGGAAAAAUCGCAGGCUGGGGUCUGACCGCUUCAAACGGAACCGCUUCUAGAGAGUUGAAGGUGGUGGAAAUCCCCUAUGUGGAUCCAGGAGUUUGCAAGGAGAAGUCAGUAAAGGAAUUCAAGCCUUUCAUCACGGCGGAUAAGUUCUGCGCGGGAUAUGACAAUGGCACAGCCCUGUGCAGGGGCGACAGUGGCGGCGGCCUCGUGUUCCGGAAACGCGGCACCGAGCGAUAUUACCUCAGGGGCAUCGUCUCCACCGCGCACCACACCAACGACGCAUGCAACUCCAAGUCCCUCACCACCUUCACCAACCUCGUGCUCUACGAAGACUUCAUCAAGGAGCAUUGGAGCGCUGACGACUUCUAGACGUGAUUUCUUAUGUUUAAUGUCAAAUAAAACUAUUGUGCGGA